GCCUGCAGCAGCUCAGAGAGGAAUACAGCUCCACCAAUACAGUCUACGUGUAGGCUAGAGGAAAUAACAGACAGAUUUUGUAAUAAUCGACGUAUAUCAUUCAUUUAAAAGGCACGUUUACAACAAUCUCAGCAUUUCGCCUUUUUAACACGGAAAAAAAAGAUGUUCGAGCUGGAUUGAUUCGCUGCCUCGGUCGAAGGAGCUGUCCACCAUGAGGUGCUGAUCGGCGGCCUGGCAGAACGAUGGCGACGGGGAAGUGGCUUCUGUACACGGGUCUCUCUCUGUCUCUCGUCGCCUUGUGUUUCCUGACGGUAGCAAUCUCAUCGGAUCACUGGUACGAAACGGACGCGAGGAGAUACAAGGAUCGUUGCCGAACUUUCUCGAACCGCAGGAGCGAUCCUGGUUUCAUUUACAUCCCCAACCACAGCCUUCCACUGCGAGCCAGCCGAGCGAGUCUGGACCGAUGGGAAGACCGACUGCUGCUGAAUAGAAACCGGCGCCAGCUGUUCGCGAUGAGCGCGGCGGAUGAGUGCAGCAGACGCUACAAUUCAACCAACAUGGGGCUGUGGAGCAAAUGCUACAGGGUGGGAUUUGACCCAGACAUCGAAGAGCUCAUACAAAAAGGAACCGUCGAGCGUUGCUCCUUUAUAAAGUACUAUUACUCCUCUGCAGUUACACGAAAGGAUCUUUCCUAUAAUAUCACCAAAACUAUCCAGCAAGAUGAUUGGCAUGCCCUGCAUUUGCGUCGGAUGACAGCUGGCUUCAUGGGUAUGGCUCUAUCCAUCAUCCUAUUUGGCUGGACCAUUGGUGUUUUGGGCUGUUGCUGGGAGCAAGGCCUCAUGCAUUAUGUUGCCGGUCUGCUCUUCCUUAUGGGAGGUACCUUCUGCAUCAUCUCUCUUUGCACCUGUGUGGCUGGCAUCAACUUUGAACUGUCUCGCUACCCACGUUAUCUCUUCAGCCUCCCAGAUGAUAUAAGCCAUGGUUACGGCUGGUCCAUGUUCAGUGCCUGGGGAGGACUAGGACUGACUCUCAUAGCUGGGUUCUUCUGCACCCUGGCACCAUCGAUUCAGCCUCCCCCACAAUCCCAUACCCCCUGUCCUAAGAGUCGUAUGGAGAACGGAACGGUGUGCUAAAGCAUCACAUGACACUUUUGCAUAGAUAUAAACUUGUUCAUAGAUUUUGUCAUAGGUAUUAAAAGCACGGAGGCUGUUAAAAAAGACAUUCUGUGCUGGAAGGUGACAAGCCAUGUCUGUUGAGAUGCUCAAAUGAUGUGCAAAAAGAAGAAUCUGUUAUAAAAACACUUUUGUACAGUUGUAUAAUAGCUUUCUUCCCGACAUGAGUUCAGCAUGUCCUUGGUGAAGCGGGUUUUGGUGUUUGUCUUUGUUCAGUAGACUGUGUUUGAAUUUCAAAACGAGUUUCCAAGAUCUUGCCGAUGUAUAAUUACCCUGAAUUUCAUCCGUUGUAGAUGUUUUCAAUGUCAAUAAUUUCUUCAUUGGACAAUAAAAUGCCUCAUGUAAAAAAAAAAAAAA